AUGGUUAGCACGCUUGGGGCACACCCGGCAAGGAGAUUAGAGUCGGCGGCCGGCCAGGAGUCCCUUGCUCGUUCCCAGAAGUCGACGAAGACAUCAGGCCAGAAGAAAUCGAUGGUGGAUUGCUUGCCCGUUGAAACAACCCCACGCCACAGGCACACGGGAAUCUGGGACAGAAGCGGCGCUAUGCCCGGCCGCCGAUGCAAUGGCAUGAGAUCGAGGCCAGCGUACGUACGCACGGUCGACCGUUUGGUAGGCGAGGUGCCAACAAGAAACAGCUCUCGCCGCAGGCGGAGACACGGAGUGGGCCACGGGGAACAUGCUGACGUGCAAUGCUCGGCCGAGGAAGGAUGUCAGCGGAGAACUACGAAUCCCAUGUACCUUCUGCCUUCGAUCGAUCAGGACGAAAACCUCCCAUUCGUGGAAUGCGACGUUGCUUUGGCUUGUUUCGACAGCCGGUCAGUGCACAAGACGUUGUCCGAUGCAUCUUGUAUGCUUGGAACAGCACUCACUGAUGCUCACUUCUAG